CAAUUUAAACAAACUUAUGGGGAAAUAAUUAUUAACGAUGCAGCGAUUUCUUUAAACAAUUUCAACUUUAAUGACUUGGUUUUACAUCCAAUACAAAUAGUUAUUAAAAUAAGACUACCAUCGCCAAAGUCGGGACCUUUGCAGGAGGAAAUCUUUGCAAAUUUGAACGUGGACUACCUUACGUUAGACUUGUCUCAAAACCGUUGUAAAAGUAUACUGUUUAUAUGGAAAACUUAUAAAUAUCUUUUCGAAAAAAAAAAUACCAUCACUUUAGUUAAUGACGGUCAAAAUUUCAUACCAAAAUUACAAAUUUUCAUGUCUGUAGUAAAAACAAAAAUACAUUUUUUGCAAGAUGUUGAGAACAUAUCAUUUGUGAGAUACCAUUGCGUUUCAGAAGACUUGGGCAAACAUAAAUUGUUGAUUAUCAAUUUGGAUGAAAUACUUAUUGAUUUUAAUUUUCAUAAAGAAGGAAUAAUUACAGCAGUAAAAUCUAAGGUUGAUUUCACACUGCUAUCUUAUGAGCAUUUAACUGAAAUAUCAAUCGUUAAGUUUUUAAUUAAUCAUACAAGCACCCAUGCCACUAAUAAUAAAAGACGAAAUAAUCAGUGCAGCAUUAAAAUGAAUGACAUUCAAUGUCAAAUGGGACCUUAUAUUGUCACUUUAUUGAACGCCGCAAUGGAUUUAUGGAGCAGUCCUUCUACCGAUAAUAUGCCUUAUAUUAUAUGCAAUGAUACUUGUUACACUAUAGUGUUUAGACAAGCAGACACUGAUGAAAAUAUUGUUCUUAGCGGUCUAGAGUAUUACAAUUAUUCAUGGCUGGUUUCUACUGAAAAACCUUACCUACAAUUUGGUAUUAAAAAUGAAGACCAUAUGUCUUAUUGGAGUGAAAAAUUAACUGUAAAAAGUCUAAAUAAAAAAUAUUUAACUAUUAAAGAUUCCAACGAGGAAGACACGAUUUUAAUUAUAUCAAUGCAACAAACAUCGCCAGUUUCUAUAAAGAUUGUAAUUUCCAGUACGUUGAAAAUAAUGAAUAAAACAGAAUAUCUCUUAGAUGCACUCAUAAUAACAGAAAAACGUAAUAGUUACGACCUAAAAAAUCUUAAGCACAUCUUAACUGUGAGGCCAUAUGAAGUAACACCAUCAUUAAUGUUAGAGCCAUGUAGAACACUUGCAGUUGCAUUGCGUUUUUCGGAUUUAAAUAGUCACUGGUCCGACAUAGUUAAAGUGAACGAUCUAAGUAUCACAAGAGAAAAUACAAAGUCUGUAAUUGUCAAAAUUUCGAAAAAAGUCAAUUUUAAAACAACAUCCAAUGACGUAUUGUGUCAUUUUAUUUUUGAGGAGAUCGAUAAUUUUCCUCAACUGUUGAUUUUAUUGUUACCGCCAUUUGUGAUUUGUUCGUAUUUACCGAAUGAUACCAAACUAAACGUCAGUAUUGUGAAAUUAAACAGCAAGACAUCAAUUAAUAGCAUAGAAGUAAAGUCAGCUAUAGAACAGAAAUAUAUUCAGAAAAUUAAUUUGCCCGUAAUAACAUCGGACAAUGAUGACGAUGUUGAUAUCAUAUUGAGCAUAAGUGAGGAUGAAUAUAUGUCAUCGAUUGUGAGUGUGGAGGGUCACAUACAGUUCGAGAACAAAACCCAUAAAAAUAUGAUACAUGGUAUCGAAGACCAUUUAAAUAAUCCGUACGCGUUGGAAAAAACUAAUUCGAAAUGGCCAUUCGUCGGCAACAGAUUUAAUCGUGUGCAAUGGAAAUCCGGUACCGCACAACACAAAAUCAGAACCAUUCAAACGAUCCAAAAUUACGGCGUUUUCGGCGGCUUGGGAAUACUCACGCGACUGAUAACAAUACAGCCAUGGGCUUUAGUAGUAAAUACAACGGGACAAUCGAUAUCACUACAUUCUUUGACGAGUGUUCGUUGUACGUUAGAAAACAUGUCCGUGGCAGUUCCUACAUUUGCAGAUGACGACGUAUUAAAAUAUUUACUAUCAAUUCUAUUUGUUGCGCGUUACAAAUAAUAAAAAAUAGUAAUUCGAAUACACUAUAAGAUGUGUUAAUACUAUAUACUAUUUAUGGAAUCAUGAAACUAUACCAAUAGUUAUGGCUUUUGAAACCUUAAAAAUGAUUAAACUUAUAGCGCACAUUUCAUAUUGAAAUCAACAUAGAAGAUGAGGAUCAAUACUGUUCGUCGGCGAUCAAAUUUUUCGACGAACAGCAUUUGCCAACUUCAGAUGAUCACGGUAAUUCAAUUCCAACAGACAAACAGAACAUUAUUUUUGCGAACAGUUUGUGCUCAAUCGCAUACUUGAUCGCCACCUCAUCAAUUUUUAACGGCACGAAGAUUGUGCACUUACAGAGCUUAUACAUCGCUACAAAUCGGACUUCAAUAGAUCUUGACGUACUUCUAGUGUGUUCGA